CGCAUCUCUCUCUCCCACCACCAAGAUCCGCCCAUAAAACCUACCGCCACCGCCCCCCGACCGCCGCCAUGGCAGCCGCCGCCGCCGCCACCCCUCACUCCCUCCUCCUCAAGACCGCCCCCUCCACCGCCGCGGCCACCCCCAGGACCGCCUUCCCCGCCGCCGCCCGCCUCCCUCCCGCCGCCGCCGCCCUCAAGCCCGUGUCCAUCAAAUGCGCCGCCGCCACCACCCACGUCCAAGACCCGAGGCCGCCUUCGCCGCCGCCGCUCCCCGCCGCCGCCGCCCAGGAAAGGGUCUUCAACUUCGCCGCCGGGCCUGCCGUCCUGCCGGAGAACGUCCUCCUGAAGGCCCAGUCGGAGCUCUACAACUGGCGCGGAUCCGGGAUGAGCGUCAUGGAGAUGAGCCACCGGGGCAAGGAGUUCUCCUCCAUCAUCCAGAAGGCCGAGUCGGAUCUCCGGUCCCUCCUCGAGAUCCCCCCCGAGUACGCCGUCCUCUUCCUCCAGGGCGGCGCCACCACCCAGUUCGCCGCCAUCCCCCUCAACCUCUGCACCCCCGACGACCCCGUCGACUACGUCGUCACCGGCUCUUGGGGCGACAAGGCCUUCAAGGAGGCUCAGAAGUACUGCAAGGCCAAGGUGGUUUGGUCGGGGAAGGCCGAGAAGUACACCAAGAUCCCAUCUUUCGACGAGGUCGAGCAGGACCCGGAUGCUAAAUUCUUGCACAUCUGCGCGAACGAGACGAUCCACGGCGUCGAAUUCAAGAACUACCCUGUUCCGAAGAACAAAGGCGGGCUCUUGGUGGCUGAUAUGUCCUCGAAUUUCUGCUCCAAGCCCGUGGACGUGUCCAAGUUCGGGGUGAUCUAUGCCGGGGCGCAGAAGAAUGUCGGCCCAUCCGGGGUAACCAUCGUGAUCGUCAGGAAGGAUCUGAUCGGGAACGCUCAGGGGAUCACCCCGGUGAUGCUGGACUACAAGAUCCACGCCGAAAACGCUUCGCUGUACAACACGCCGCCCUGCUUCGGGAUCUACAUGUGCGGGCUCGUGUUCGAGGACCUGUUGGAGCAGGGCGGGCUGAAGGAGGUGGAGAAGAAGAACAAGAAGAAGGCCGAAUUGCUGUAUCGGACCAUCGACGAGAGCAAAGGGUUUUACAGGUGCCCGGUCGAGGCGUCGGUGAGGUCGCUGAUGAACGUGCCCUUCACGUUGGAGAAGUCGGAGCUGGAGGCCGAGUUCAUCAAGGAGGCCGCGAAGGAGAAGAUGGUUCAGCUCAAGGGGCACAGGUCGGUGGGAGGCAUGAGGGCUUCAAUCUACAAUGCCAUGCCUUUGGCUGGUGUUGAGAAGCUGGUUGCUUUCAUGAGAGACUUCCAGGCAAGGCAUGCGUAGAUUUGAAUCCACAAUUUCCAUGGACCGUGGAUUUGAGUCUCGUUUUAUAUAGAGUAAAGUAGUGCUUAAUCAUUUGCUUUUUUCCCCUUUUUUCUGUAUCUUUCCUGAUGUCAUGUUGUUGUUCUCUGCGGAUUGGAGGGUGGAAGGUGAGAAGAAGUUGGGUUCUGUCCUGGUUUUUGGAGGGGAAGUUUUUGGAUGUUGUGGUUUCCUAUAUAAGCCAAGAAACAAAGGGUUGGAGAAAAUUUUUGGCUGAAAGCAAUUACAUUGUUGGAGGUCUUGAUUUGAUUGUA